AUGGAGAAGAACCAAGUUGCAGCUGUCACCACACAAUCAUCAACCCAAGAAGGAGUGAACACAGAGGAAGGAGGUGAAUGGGAGCAAGCCAACUAUGUUGGUAACUCACCAUGGCAAAAUCAUGAUCCAUACUCUAAAACUUACUAUCCAGGAUUGAAAAACCACCCCAACUUUGGGUGGGAAAACCAACAAGACCAAGGCCAAGACCAGAGACGUCAAAAUCACAAUCCUAACAACCAUGUUGUCCACCAACAUUCAUCGCAAAGAUCAUAUCAACAACCACCUAACCACACUCCUCAACAUCCAUAUCAAAACCAGCAUAAUCAUCCUCACUCUUAUAACCCAAACCCACCAUCAUACUCUGAGGAUAGACUCUCUAGAAUUGAAAACUUACUUGAAGGUUUAUGCAAGGAAGUCCAGGACAACAAAGCAUUCAAGGAUGAUGUGCGAACCAACAUCAAGAACCAAGGAGAUACCAUCAAAAGGUUGGAAUUCCAAGUAGGGUAUCUAUCCCAGCAAAUUCCUAAGUCCACUGACAGCUUCCUAAGUGACACAGAGAAGAACCCUAAAGGAGAAGCUAAGAAAGUAAGAUGGGAGGAGUGCAAGAUGGUCACCACUAGUGAUGAAGUAAACAGACCAUUCAUUAAAGCUCUCCAACAGAUGCCUGUAUACAUUAAGUACAUAAAAGAGCUGUUGACCAGAAAGAGUUCAUUGAAGGGUGGGCAAACAAUACUGAUGAACAAGGAGUGCAAUGCUCUCAUCCAACCACAGCUACCUAUAAAAAGGAAAGACCCAGGGAGCUUCCAUAUACCUUGUACUAUAGGCGAAACAAAGAUUGACAAAGGGCUUUGUGACUUGGGAGCAAGCAUCAACUUAAUGCCCUUCUCCCUCAUGAAGUAG